AACAUGAGGACAUUAAAAGAUCACCAGUAAAGGAGGUUUGGAAAAAUAAGGAUGAUGACAAGGUGGCAAAGUUAGGAGAAAUCCCCAAAAGUUAUAUAGCUGACAUUAACUUUACUGACGCAGUUAAAGAGGCACUGGAAUCUGGGAAGACAAAUGGGAUGGACAAUGCUAAAGCAUUACUGGAGGGUAUAGUUGAAUCAUUGAAGUUGGCAAAUGUAGAUAAACAACUGUAUGAUGUGUUAUGCUUGAUGUUGUCUAAAGCUGUGAAAGAAUAUAAUUUGUUCCACACCAUUGUCAUGGAAACAAUAAAUAUGUUAAAUGAUAAUCUGGAGAUAAAAGAGAGCCUUGCCAAGGCUCUGAAGAGACAGCAAGAGUUGUGUGUUCGAGUCCCAGCACCACGUCAUCCUCAACACUUAAAUUUUUCUAAGGUGAUGGCACAUGUCUACAAUAUGGCUCUUGAUUGGAGUGAUAGCAAUGCUAGCAUUCAAGAUGGUAUUCUUCAAACAGUAGAGAAAUGGAUUUUGUUCAAUAAUAAG